ACCCUACCUUCCUCAUGUUAAAGCUACCUCAAGAACAUAACUUUGGGUAGAAGACAAACCCGCCGUGGUGCGUACCAGCCUAUAUUCUCUCGCCUAGUUGGCUUCGGGGAAAGAGUAACAGUCUCUGUAUGCUAUCGUGCGCCUCUUCUCCCGCCGCUGCCCUAAUCGUACCACCGAUCAUCGCCGUCGCGUUUCCAGAGCAAUGGUGGGCGCCACCGGGAGUAACGGCGGAGUUGCGACGGUGGCGGAGCGGCAGUACGAGAAGGCGAAGAUAUCGGUGUGGUGGGACAUCGAGAACUGCCAGGUUCCGAAAGGAUGCGAGCCCCACUCGAUCGCACAGAACAUAAGCUCGGCGCUGUCGAAUAUGAACUACUGCGGGCCGGUGUCGAUCUACGCGUACGGCGACACCACGGGCAUUCCAUCCACCGUCCAACAGGCUCUCAAUAGCACCGGCAUCGCCUUGAACCACGUCCCUGCAGGAGUUAAAGAUGCAAGCGACAAGAAGAUUCUGGUGGAUAUGUUAUUCUGGGCCGUGGACAAUGCCGCGCCUGCUAAUUUUUUGUUAAUUUCUGGUGAUCGAGACUUUGCUAAUGCUCUGCAUCAGCUGCGCAUGAGGAAAUACAAUAUUCUUCUGGCUCAACCUCAGAAAGCAUCUGUUCCACUUGUUGCUGCUGCAAAAAGUGUAUGGCUCUGGACAAGUCUUUUGGCUGGAGGGCCACCUUUAUCGAAUGGCGGCUCUCCUCAAUCUGUUGACAGCAACUCUAGUUAUUUUUCCGACUCUGAAUCAUUGCAUGGUCUUGGUCCUGAUCCUGUUCACUUAGACCAGCCAGUGGAUUCCUUCUAUGAGAGCCAUCACUCUGGGACUCAGAAAACCUCAAGUAUGGGGAGGGGAAAAGAUGCUAAACAUAAAGGGAAACAGCUUCGAAGGAAUGCGAGUCAACCAAAUAUUUCACAAUCUUCAAGUGUGCCACUAGGAGUUAAAGAAGAUCAGAAUAGUGCAAACUCCCAUCAACCUGGAUAUAUGCAUGUGAAGCAAAUCGAGGACUCCCCGGAUUUAUCUAGUACAUGUGAUCCCGGAGUAACCUCAAGCAUGCCUGCCCCAAACUUCAUGCCUGGCAGUGCUGACCUAUCUUGGACUACCGACAAUAACAUUCAGAGUGAUUACCAAAACUAUUACUCGCGUCCUGCAAGGCCAAACAGCGUUCCUUUUCAGCCUCCAUUUGCACCAGGUAAUCUGCCUCCACCUGAUCCGCGUGCCUUUGCCUCCCAUUCAAGGCCUCCAAGGCCUGAUGGACCAAGCUUCACACCAGGUCCUCCAACAAAAGUGCCCGACGUUGGCAAGCUAAACCAGCCAGUGGAUUCCUUCUAUGAGAACCAUCACUCUGGGAAUCAGAAACCCUCAAGUAUGGGGAGGGGAAAAGACGCUAAACAUAAAGGGAAACAGCCUCAGAGGAAUCCGAGUCAACCAAAUAUUUCACGAUCUUCAAGUGUGCCACUAGGAGUUGAAGAAGAUCAGAAUAGUGCAAACGCCCAUCAUCCUGGAUAUAUGCAUGUGAAGCAAUUCGAGGACACCCAGGAUUUAUCUAGUACUUAUGAUCCUGGAGUAACCUCAAGCAUGCCUGCCCCAAACUUCAUGCCUGGCAGUGCUGACCUUUCCUGGACUACCGACAAUAACAUUCAGAGUGAUUACCAAAACUAUUACUCGCGUCCUGUAAGGCCAAACAACAUUCCUUUGCAGCCUCCAUUUGGACCAGGUAAUCUGCCUCCACCUGAUCCGCGUGCCUUUGCCUCCCAUUCAGGGCCUCCAAGGCCUGAUGGACCAAGCUUCACGCCAGGUCCUCCAACAAAAGUGCCCGAUGUUUGCAAGCUAAACCAGAAACCCUCAAGUAUGGGGAGGGGAAAAGAUGCUAAACAUAAAGGGAAACAGCCUCGGAGGAAUCUGAGUCAACCAAAUAUUUCACGAUCUUCAAGUGUGCCACUAGGAGUUAAAGAAAAUCAGAAUAGUGCAAACUCCCAUCAACCUGGAUAUAUGCAUGUGAAGCAAUUCGAGGACCCCCAGGAUUUAUCUAGUACUUGUGAUCCCGGAGUAACCUCAAGCAUACCUGCCCCAAACUUCAUGCCUGGCAGUGCUGACUUUUCCUGGACUACCGACAAUAACAUUCAGAGUGAUUACCAAAACUAUUACUCGCGUCCUGUAAGGCCAAACAACUUUACUUUGCAGCCUCCAUUUGCACCAGGUAAUCUGCCUCCACCUGAUCUGCAUGCCUUCGCCUCCCAUUCAGGGCCUCCAAGGCCUGAUGGACCGAGCUUCACACCAGGUCCUCCAACAAAAGUGCCCGAUGUUGGCAAGCUAAAUAUUUCUGGAUACCGUGGAAAUGAUUAUCAGCCCUCUUCUUCACAACCACAAAUUGGACUAGAGUUUAAACAAAAUCACACAAGCCAUGUAAAAUUAAAUGGUCCGCAGAGGGGCCACAUGGGUAACACGCCUUCAUUUUACCAUGACACACUGAACAAUGCGCAUCUGAAUGGUCGAGAAUUUCAAUCGUCAUCUUCCUCAGCCACGGUUACCACUAAUAUCUCCAGUCAUGGUGUAUGGGAAACUCCAGGAUGCUCUAACCCAUCUGAAUAUGUUCAAGGCCUGAUUGGGGUAGUUCUACUUGCCUUGAACACGUUAAAAACUGAGAAGAUUAUGCCAACUGAAGCAAAUAUAACUGAUUGCAUACGUUAUGGUGAUCCCAAGCACCGAACAGCUGAUGUUAAGAAAGCUUUAGAGAGUGCAGUUGAGCAGCAGCUUGUAGUUAAGCAGAACAUAGGAGGUUCUUUGCAAAUGUAUGUUGGUAAGAAUCAAAAACUAUGGAAGUGUGUGAACCCCAUAGGGGGUAAUAUUAAGCGUAAUGCUGAAGCAACAUGGAAUGAAAUCCGUAAAUUUUUAGCAUCCUCUCCUGGCCGAUCUGCAGUAAUGGCUUCUCAGUGCAGGUAUGAAGCCGCUACUAUUAUGAAGCAAAUGUGCUUAAAAGAGUUUGCUUUGGGCGAUGUACUUCAGAUCUUACACCUGGUGAUCAAUGUGAAGAAGUGGGUCACACAUCAUCAGUUAGGAUGGCAGCCAGUUAACAUCACUGUCACAGAGGCCUGACCUGAAUUGGGGGCUGCAGCUGGGGCAUAUGCCCAAUAGGAGCUAGUUUUAGUUUAAAGGAGGGCUGGUGGAAAAUUAUUUGAUAUGGAGUACUCAAAGGUUUCUUGGAACUAGGGAUCGGUUAAUGGAGGUCUGGUUUCUGAAGGACUAUCAACUAUAGAGUUAAUAGCUUUGGAAGUUUAUUUAAGGUGGUUUGAGUAAGGUUCAUUGGUACAAUGACAUUGGUUGGUUUUUUUCGCUUCUUAUGGAAUUAGAAAGAACGCCUGGAUAAUUGUCUGUAGAGGCAGUUAUGCUGAGUUUAUAAGGUUGCGAGACACUAGCUGGUUGCUACCAUGAUCGGCUGUCUCCAGUGUAAGGGUUUACAUUGUGUAUAUGCGGUAUACAUUGAUGGGUAUUCUUGCUUUGCAUGGGGUUGGCUCUUUUGUGUUUGUUUAGAUGUUUCAAGGGGAAGUCGACAAACUAAAAAAAUUUGGCGCUAGGUCUCCAACCAUUGUAGACUUUUAUAUUUUCUGUGAUUUAUUGGGGACUAGUGGUUUGACUAAUUUGUUACCUCCAAUAUCGUGGAGUUAGCAAUGGAAGAGGUUCUUAGAUUGCAACAAGCGUUAUUGGCGAGAAACUAUUCCUGAUAUUGGUAAUCAAAUGAAGAUGGAGUUGUUUACUAAAUGAGCAGACAGAUAAAUUUCUGAUAUUGUUAGCUCCGGUGCUCGUGGAGUUAUCAAGGGAAAGUUUCCAGAUUGUGUAGUGCAGUGUCCGGGUGAAAUUAAUUUCUGAUAUUGAUAAUCAUAUCAAGAUGGAGAAGUUUACUUAGUGAGCAGAUAAAAGGUCCUUGUGGCUGCAGACAUAUAUUGAAGCAGCCAAAGUUACGUUGGAGGACUUUGUUACCUUCUUGAAUCUAGCUUCAAGAUGUUGCGAUUUAAAGAUGGAAACCAUUUUGAUCUCCUAUCAGUGUAUGAUAGAUGCUAGCAGCAGCUAAUACACUAUAUGAAGAGCAAAUGCAGCGCCAGAUGACCACACGUUUCAUUUCAAUGCGGUAUCAGUUGAUAUAACCACGAAGAUGCCAGCUGAUGCUGGAGUGCUAAGAUCUCCGUUGAGUUUUACUAAGAAAGACGCAAGAUUGGCUGUUGAGAGGCCGGCCUACUUCACCACCCAUUUUCAAAUUUCCCUUGUUACAUCACAUUAUAUAUAUGCACACACACGAACACAUAUCGAAUCCGUAGCUGUGUUUCCUUUGUGCGUCGGUGUUUUGUUACUGGGUAUUGUCAGGCACUGUUAAACCUGUUUAAUAUACGUUUUUACGUGAGUUUGUAUUAUAUUUUGCCAUGUCAACUUAUCAACCAAUGCAGCAGUUUCAUUCAUAGA